AAAAAAUAAUUAAAGCUGACCUCAUGAAGAGUUGCUAGUAUCCCUGUCUCAGCACAGAAAGCAGGCGAGCAAGAGAGACAGACAGCACGGAGAGGAGGGGGAAAGACUACUGGGGCUCACUGUCUCUGGGCCAGCUGUGUGACUUGAGAGUACCACCAAGCAGGCAGCAUGUCAAAGAGUGAUCCGCGUGACAUCGAUGAGGAUGCCAUCCUCAGGGGCCUCAGCGCCGAGGAGCUGGAACAGUUGGAGUAUGAGCUACAGGAGAUGGACCCAGAGAAUACCAUGCUCCCAGCCGGGUACAGACAGCGUGACCAGACAAAGAAAAAUCCUACAGGCCCUUUUGAUCGCUUUGCCCUCAUGGAUCACUUGGAGAAGCAAGCCAUAGAACACCAGGACAGAGAUGACCUGGUACCAUUUACUGGAGAGAAGAGAGGUAAAGCAUUUGUGCCUAAACCAGGGUCGGGACAAAUCCCUAUAGAAGAACAGAUCACUCUGGAACCCGAGCUUGAGGAAGCACUAAGAAAUGCAACAGAUGCCGAAAUGUGUGACAUUGCAGCCAUUCUGGGGAUGUACACACUCAUGAGCAACAAGCAAUAUUAUGAUGCUCUGAACACCACCGGCAAGAUUGCCAACACGGAAGGCAUCAACAGUGUGGUGAAACCAGAUGUGUAUAAGGUCUAUCCCGAAGAACCUCCUAAUGACACAGAUGUGGAGGGAACUCUUCGCUGCAUCCAAAAAAACGACAGCGGGCUGACAGAGGUUAACCUCAACAACAUCCCGGACAUUCCCAUCCCAACCCUGAAAGAGAUUUUUGAAGGCAUGAAGCGCAACACACACGUGUUAAGUCUCAGCAUUGCUGGAACACGCAGUAACGAUCCUGUGGCUUAUGGUAUUGCUGAGAUGCUACAGUCGAACACCACUCUGCAGAGCCUGAACAUUGAAUCCAACUUUAUCACAGCACAAGGCAUGAUGGCCAUUAUCAAGGCUCUGGGUGAAAACUCCACCCUAACUGAGAUUAAGAUCGACAACCAAAGACAGACACAGGGAGACUCCGUUGAGAUGGAAAUUGCGUCCAUGUUGGAAAACAACCCCAGCAUUAUAAAGAUUGGCUAUCACUUUACUCAGCAGGGCCCGCGUGCAAGAGCUGCCAUAGCCAUCACAAGAAACAAUGACCUUCUUCGUCAGCAGAGAGUAAGAUGAAAGAAGAAAUUCUCAGAGGUAUCACAGCUCUCCAUGUGUCCCCCUGGAGUCCCGAGGAAGCCCCCAGGACAGAUAAACCUGAUAUGUUGUUACAAUUCACCAUCAGCCAUUGUGGAUAUCAUUAUAGUCAGCUUGAUAAACAUUGCUUUUUGUGGAUUUCAUCAAAACAAAUGCUCUGCUCUAAUAAAAUUGACCUGCUCAUGAAUUUACAAGCAAACUUGUAAAAAAGACACUAAUCAGCCAGUCCUUCAUUCAUGCAUUCUUAUAUGGUGCUUCCAACUAAAACUUUGUAAAUA